GCGAGCUGGGACGGCGCGUGGCCCCGGGAGGCGGCGGACGCGGGGACAUCUUCUCGGCGCGCGGAUUCUCUCCACGGUCCGGCCUCCCUGUCCCCGCCCCGCCCUCGCGCCAGCCACCUCCGGCCGCCGGCUCAGGUGGGAACUUCGCCGGCGCCUCUCGCCCGGGGAGCCAGGCGCCGCGCCCCCGUACUGGGGAGCCCCGGGGUCCCUGAGGAAGGCAGUCUGGAGGCUGGGCGCCCAGUGGGGGCGGGGAGGGGAGCCCGCCAGGUCCUCUUCGGCCCCCGAUGUGUGGCGGGCCCCCGCGUCUUCUGCGGGGGCGUCUUAACAAGAUCCUGGGGGGCUCCCAGCGAGCGGAAAGCCCCGGGAUGUCACCGCUUUCCGGGGCAGGCAGGGGACAGAAGGCUUCUGCAGCGAUCAGGGAGCCAAGUUGAAAAGGAGUGAAGGAGGGAGAGUGCGGGGCGAGGGGUAGCGUGGGGAGUGAUGGAUCACGGCUGAAACUUGAUCGGGAAACUCUGGAUGGGGUUGGAAACACACACAAAAUAUCCUGAGCUGGGCGUUUCAAAAAUUACGAAUUUAUGAGCCUGCAACUGAGAUUCUAGGUCCCUCUCGUGUUUUACAACCGAUUACAAAGAGCUUCACAUAUUUUAGGUUGAGGCGGGUUGUGUCUGAUUGAUCUUUGCUGAGCAUCUUACUAUGCAGCUUGGAUUCCAUUCUUACUGCCUCACCUUUAAGGUAGCUGGAGUGGUAACUUGUUAAUUUUUAUUGUAGAGAGAGGGUAACAAGUACUUGUACCGUGUAAUACAUCACACACGUGUGUUUCCCCAAGUCACUGUAAUUUGGAGGUAGAGAAAAGUUUCCAGGUACGUGUGAGGAGGUGCAAUGGAAAUGAAAGGCUGAGAGCUGUCCUAGACUUUUUACAGGGCCUCAGACGGCUGGGAUGCCCGAGAACAGGACUGUCUCUUCAUCAUGCUCUAUUUCUUAUCUUCUGACAAUGUAUUUUGUCAAACAUUGGUAGACUCUGGCAGAAUCCACUGGGUGGUCUUUUCACUAGAAAUAGACAUAUGUUGAGGCAUUACCUUUCCCUUCUCUUCUCAAAAGAAAAAAGGUGGAUAUGGCAUCUCUGGAAAGCUUGGAAGAGUAUCCCAAAAGAUGGUAUUGUAGCUGAACAGAACUUGGUGAUUUGAUCCCUUAGUGAAUUUCUUUAAAAUAAUGACGCAUAUCCUUUUUUCCCCACUGCCUACUUGGAGAAGUAUUUGUAGUCUUUAUAUAUUAAUAUAUUGAGAACAGACUGACUUUAGAAUUAAGAGCAACUGUGUAAUAAUAAUUAUCUAUUUUAAUAUUUCAAUUAGAACAAGAUUUUAUAAAUUCAACAAUCUUGCUUUGUGCAUUCCUUAAUACACUUUUAAUUAUCUAAAACUUCGAGCAUGUAUAUCUUAAUAUAUAAAAUUCUUGUAUGAGCCCUGAAAGUUUGGAUUUGUAAUUCUAAAUGCAGAGUAAAUAUUUAAUUCUUGAUCUAAGAGGGAGAGGUUAGUUCAGUAAUAAGGCUUGCUAAUCCCACUUUAAAAUGUCAUGGCAUUCACAAAUUAUUCCUAAAUUCUUCAAAGAUAGGAGUUUAUAAUGAGUUCAGUUAUUCUAUUGUGUAUUUCAGGAUUGUCUGUAUCUCUUCCUGUUGCAUUUCCCUUAACAAUCUUGUUCUUUUUUUCUUACAUGAAUUUUAUUAUUCCUCUUAAUCAAAGAUUUUUUUCUAAUAGUAAACAAAUAUAUCUUAUGUUAAAUAACUUAGAAAAGAAUAGUUAGAAAAAGUAGUUCAAAUCAAACACACAUUUUACAUGCACUGCACAGUUUUUAUAAAAAAUGUAGUUAUACUAAUCACCAUGCUAAUGUUUAUAUAUUUGGAAAACUUUGUGAACCCCCUGUGCCAAUAGCUUUAUGUUAGCAACCUAUGCACCCUAAUGAGGAUUACUUGAUUAUUGGGAAUAAAGCAGAUAGAUUUAUGGAAUUGUGACUAGUUAUUCCUCCAAAUGGGAUUAUUUUGCAUGGCUGUGUUUAUUUUCUAGAAAGAUGUUUUAGGUAAAUUAUUGAGGCUUUUCUUACUAUGAUUCUGUAGGCGUGUCAUCAGUCUUUUGGUUAGAAAAGGGAACCUGCCUUAUUAGGGUGAAGACAAAGAAAGAUAAGGAUGCUUAUCUUUGAAUAGAAAAAAGCUCCUAAAGAGAGUCAAAACUUUUAAACUUAUUCAGAAAGGAAACCUAGCUAAACAAUAAUGAUCCAGUUAGUAAGUUCAAGCUACUCUUUCUUAGCUUUGCUUCUGGGAGCCAAGAGUAAUUAUUCUGUUUGUAAAGAGUCAAGCAAAGAAGAUAGCAGGAAGAAGCGCGUGGCUAUCGUUGUGAGUAGAGUGACCUGUCAGAAAUACUGAAUCACCGUUAGGCUGGGUGUACAAAAAAUGAUGUUUUUGCAAAAGCUGUUAAUGUAUGUUUGGAAAUGCUGAAGUUUAUCCUACCUAUAGGGAUACUAGGGAAUAAGUUCAGAGCAUGGUCAUUGUCUGAUAUAAAAGCCCAACAAAGCCAAGUUUAUUAGUUUAUUAAUAUUGGUUAUUUAAAUAAAUGCAUGUGCCUCCUUUUUAUUAAACUUUAUUUUACCCUGUAAAAAUUUGAUUUCUGGAUGGUGGUUGAAUAUCAUCCAGGUUUUAUAUUUAUUUGAAUCAGUGUGUUCAGCAGCUGUGAUGAAUUGUCUGCCCUUUUCUGGAAGCUGUGCUGUGGAAACCUGUUAAGCAUGUUGAAUUACACAUUGCUCGUCUACCCUGGGUUUCGUUUGAUAGUCAAAUAUCCAUUUUGACUUCGAGGGCAUACUUUUUUUUACUUAGGUUGAGAAUAUGAGCAAAGAAUAUAAUAGUUUGCCACCAAACGUUUACCGUGGUCCAUAACCAAUUACAUAUUCCUUUAAAUUUCUAGUUGAAGUUAGUGUUGUGUUCAUAGUUGCCUUAUAAAGUGGAAUGAUAGCCCGUAGAAAAAUUGAACACAUGCAUUCGGAGUAAAGUCUGUUGAAAAGAUAACACAAUAAUACGUUAUUUAAAAGUUUCGACAACUAAGUUUUAAAAAUUAUUUUACGUAAGCUUCUUUUAGAAUACAUUUAAAACUUAUUUUUGGAAACAUCAGCUGGUUUAACAGACCUGAUGGAAAUUCUGUGCUUCAAAAUAAAAUAAAAUAAAAUAAACCUUAGUCUGAAAACUAAUUGUUGUGUCUUAUAGAACCUGAUUUAUUUUAUACUUUUUUAUACCAAGCAUUACCAUUAUGAAGCUCUCCUUCUAAUUGAGAUUAAUGUUUCUGAGCAAAGAAGUGGUUUGGAGGGCUGCGUUCAUUUUGAGUGCUGUUGUAAUCAGUUUUAGAUACAGCAUUCCACAAUGGAUCAGUUUGCAUCCAAACCUGCCUUAUUAUGUAGAAUUAACUUGUUGGUGAUUGAUAGUGAUACUUCUCCAUCUUGAAAAGUCAUUUGUUUCCAAACAAGUGUGAUGGCUUGUAUGAGUUUCAAAAGAUUGCUUCUCAUAAUUAAAACAUCCUACUGGGGACCUAAUUUGAACUUUUUUUAAGAAUUAUAUAAAACAUGAGGAAGCAAUUCAUUAACAUAUAUUCAACUCAAAUAGCCUAUUUUCCCAAAAUGCAAUAUGCCUCAAGGCAUAUUUUCUUGCCCAUCAAAGGAUUUUAUGGCCUGAGUCAUUAAUAGUAAUUGUAAUCCAUCUAGGUUAUUUCCUUUUUUGUUUGUAUUAACAUUCUAGUUCAGUUUGUCAGAGAUUUCUUAGAAUUUUGGAUGGACCUCUUGUGCGUGUGUUAUAACUUUAUUUCAUAAGAUAGUGUAAUCCUGACAAUGAAAGAUAAUGCAUGUGGAGGUAAUUCCUUAAUGGAAAUGUGAAGAGAUGGUGAACGUUAUCAUCCCCACUGUGAUAUUUGCAUUUGUUUCUUAUCUGUACCUGGUCAUCUUUGGUUUUAUCAGCUUUUAAGUCUCUUCUGAAAGACCACUUUAAGAUUUUCUUGGGCUUUGGUUCAUAUUGCAUUGUGAUACAUGUUGUCCCAAUCAAAUAAAAGAUUAGGAGCACAGAAUAUAAGAUUAAUAUAGAUUAGCAUUCUAAUAUAUCCACAGUAUAUCCAUAUAUAUCAAUAUAUAUCCAUAUAUAUCAACAUAUAUCCGUAGUAUAUAUGAUUUCUAAAGAAAGAUGUAACUGCUUUCUAGUGCGUGUAAACUUCCCACAAUGGCAUUACUCUUUACUUUCAGGAAGGAAAAAAACUUGAUAAGAACUAUGUAUCUUUAUUUUAUUCUCUGUAGUGAUACAUUCUUGGCAUCGGAUUGGUGUUUUUCCAGCUUAAGACAUCCAUUUAAAAUAGUUUUAAAUGCUAAAAUAAUGCAGUUAAAUUACCAUUUUCAAAAUGUUAUUUUACACAAGUGCUAGAGUAUAAACUAUCAAAAUGCAGAAACAUGCCCUGAGAUACACAGAUGUUUCGUACACUGAAACUACAAUAGGAUUCAUUCUUUUGAAGGAAUUGCAAUAAAAUUUUCUGUAGUUUUGGUUAAAUAACCCUGGUGAUUGCCUAGCUAGAACAGCUACAUGGAAUUUACUAAAAAUAGUGAUCUACUCAAACACAUGUCUUUCUAUUUUAAAUUAGUCACUGCAAAUUAAUGUCAGUAUCAUAGAAUGAACUCAUAAGUCAUAUGAGUAGAUGACUGAAACCAUAUCAUGUAAUAAUAAUAAUAAUAAUGAGAUUUUACUUCCCUGUUGAUAACUUUCUUGGAAUCUUGGAAGAGCUAGGAUCGGGUAGCACUGACUUUUCAAACAAGUUUGUGAUAGGUGGCAGUCUUAACCGAGUUCCUUGACUUCCUUCAGAAAAUAGGUAAUUCUUAUAUGUUUAGGAGCAUGUGUGGAGUGAAAUGUAGCAUAACACUAAACUAUGCUUAUAUUCUUUUUUGUAAGUUUAGGAGUUAAUCAUUACUUACGGAGAUGUGGCAUUUAUUACUAUUAUUACUUACUAUUUGACCCACAUUCAUAGUUCUGUAGUUUGUACUAGAGCAUGCAAAAACACAGUGAUACCUUCUGAAAAUACCUUGGGGAAGACAUAGUGCCUGUAUUCACACUUGCAUUUAAUGAUAUAAAAUUGUAUCAUUUAUAUAAUUAUAUAAAAGUCAUGGGAUACAAAAAUUGCGUUUGUUGAUAGUAUAUUCUCAAAUAUUGUGGAGUAGUUUUUACUUCUGUUAGAGUAGUUGGGGAGAGGUGGGGAUAAUGUGAUUUGGUUGCCCUGGGAUGGGAUCAUAUUAAUAAUAACCAGCUAUUUUAUAACUGGGUCUACUUGGUGUCUGCCUCAAAACCAAAAAAAGAUAAGGGAAGGAGGAAGGGAGGAAGAAAGGAAAAGAGGAAGGGAGGGGAAUAAGAGAAAGAGAGAGAAAGAGGAGAAAAUAGGAAAAUGAAUAUCUUUUAUAAUGAGUGAUGGCCCUUUGAGCAUUUUCUGUAUGUAGCAGGGUGUGUGACAGGAAAAGCAGACUAAAGGGAAAAUUUUGUCAUUUAUUUUAAUUGGGUAAGUACAGAAGAAAAUUAACUUGUAAAUUUUUUCACUUUUAAAUAUAUGUAUUUUCAAUCCCUGCAGGAGAACCAGGGUAUCAGUUUUUAAAUUUAAUCCAAGAGAUUCCAAAUAUUGCAUACAGUUGCUUAUACUGAUGGAAAAAAGAAAACGUACUAAGAGCUCUAUUUUACAGGCAUGCUUGCUUUGUUUAUAAGACUGAAAAUCAAGUUAUAGUUUUCUAUGUAGAGACUUAAAAAAAACCACACAACUCUGAUUAUUUAAAAAGACCAUUUAGGAGGUAACUUAUAAAGGCCACUUACCUUUAAAGAUACAGCUCUUAAUAUAUUUUAGUCAUUCUUUCCUUUAUUUAAUUACUAGUCAUAUUUGUUAGAAUUCUUAUGCUAAUACCUCUUCAGGUUGCCAUUACUUAGAAAGGAUUAACAGCUUGGUAGUGACUGUCUUCCUUCAGUCCGAUUCCGUAGCACCUCUGAAUGCAGUGGCUGUCUAUGAAGAUAGCAGCACACUCUGAAUAAGAGGGUGACGUGGAUUUGUGGUUCUCUGUUCCCUCCCCCAAACAGAAAAGCUACUUUUUUAUUAGAAUGAAUUAUUUCCUCUUGAGUUAAAUUAUGCUCAACUAAUAUUGUGACUAGAAUUGUUGACCCCCCUCUCUGCAUGAGGAGGUGUCUUUUUUGACAAUAGGGGCGUUUCCAAAGAAGUGGUCCUCACUCAAGAGCGUCUCCAGCAUCCUCUCGUGUCCAGCAUGUGGCUUCUACACUGGGAUGGUAUCUUAGGAGAGUUUAUGUUCUUGGACUACAUACUAGAAGAGAGGCCAAUGAGACUUGAACCCUGAGCCUAAGUUGUCACCAGCAGGACUGAUGUGCACACAGAAGGAAUGAAGUAUGGAUGUGAAAGAACGCAGGCCUUAUUGCUCCCUGACCAAGAGCAGACGAGAGAAGGAACGGCGCUACACAAAUUCCUCCGCAGACAAUGAGGAGUGCCGGGUACCCACACAGAAGUCCUACAGUUCCAGCGAGACAUUGAAAGCUUUUGAUCAUGAUUCCUCGCGGCUGCUUUACGGCAACAGAGUGAAGGAUUUGGUUCACAGAGAAGCAGACGAGUUCACUAGACAAGGACAGAAUUUUACCCUAAGGCAGUUAGGAGUUUGUGAACCAGCAACUCGAAGAGGACUGGCAUUUUGUGCGGAAAUGGGGCUCCCUCACAGAGGUUACUCUAUCAGUGCAGGGUCAGAUGCUGAUACUGAAAAUGAAGCAGUGAUGUCCCCAGAGCAUGCCAUGAGACUUUGGGGCAGGGGGGUCAAAUCAGGCCGCAGCUCCUGCCUGUCAAGUCGGUCCAACUCAGCCCUCACCCUGACAGAUACGGAGCACGAAAACAAGUCCGACAGUGAGAAUGAGCAACCUGCAAACAAUCAAGGCCAGUCUACCCUGCAGCCCUUGCCGCCUUCCCAUAAGCAGCACUCUGCACAGCAUCCUCCAUCCAUCACUUCUCUCAACAGAAACUCCCUGACCAAUAGAAGGAACCAGAGUCCGGCCCCGCCGGCUGCUUUGCCCGCCGAGCUGCAAACCACACCCGAGUCCGUCCAGCUGCAGGACAGCUGGGUCCUUGGCAGUAAUGUACCACUGGAAAGCAGGCAUUUCCUAUUCAAAACAGGAACAGGGACAACGCCACUGUUCAGUACUGCAACCCCAGGAUACACAAUGGCAUCUGGCUCUGUUUAUUCACCGCCUACUCGGCCACUACCUAGAAACACCCUAUCAAGAAGUGCUUUUAAAUUCAAGAAGUCUUCAAAGUACUGUAGCUGGAAAUGCACUGCACUGUGUGCCGUAGGGGUCUCGGUGCUCCUGGCAAUACUCCUGUCUUAUUUUAUAGCAAUGCAUCUCUUUGGCCUCAACUGGCAGCUACAGCAGACUGAAAAUGACACAUUUGAGAAUGGAAAAGUGAAUUCUGAUACCAUGCCAACAAACACUGUGUCAUUACCUUCUGGAGACAAUGUGCAUCUCUUACAUUCAGGAAAAUUAGGUGGAAUUACGCAAGAAAAUAACACCAUAGAUUCCGGAGAACUUGAUAUUGGCCGAAGAGCAAUUCAAGAGAUUCCUCCCGGGAUCUUCUGGAGAUCACAGCUCUUCAUUGAUCAGCCACAGUUUCUUAAAUUCAAUAUCUCUCUUCAGAAGGAUGCAUUGAUUGGAGUAUAUGGCCGGAAAGGCUUACCGCCUUCCCAUACUCAGUAUGACUUCGUCGAGCUCCUGGAUGGCAGCAGGCUGAUUGCCAGAGAGCAGCGGAGCCUGCUUGAGACGGAGAGAGCCGGGCGGCAGGCGAGAUCCGUCAGCCUUCAUGAGGCCGGCUUUAUCCAGUACUUGGAUUCUGGAAUCUGGCAUCUGGCUUUUUAUAAUGAUGGGAAAAAUGCAGAGCAGGUGUCUUUUAAUACCAUUGUUAUAGAGUCUGUGGUGGAAUGUCCCCGAAAUUGCCAUGGAAAUGGAGAAUGCGUUUCUGGAACUUGCCAUUGUUUUCCAGGAUUUCUGGGUCCGGAUUGUUCAAGAGCGGCCUGUCCAGUGUUAUGUAGUGGCAAUGGGCAGUACUCCAAGGGCCGCUGCCUGUGUUUCAGCGGCUGGAAGGGCACCGAGUGUGAUGUGCCGACUACCCAGUGUAUUGACCCACAGUGUGGGGGUCGUGGGAUUUGUAUCAUGGGCUCUUGUGCUUGCAACUCGGGAUACAAAGGAGAAAAUUGUGAAGAAGCCGACUGUCUAGACCCUGGGUGUUCUAGUCAUGGUGUGUGUAUCCACGGGGAAUGUCACUGCAGUCCAGGAUGGGGAGGUAGCAACUGUGAAAUCCUGAAGACCAUGUGCCCAGACCAGUGCUCCGGCCACGGAACGUAUCUUCAAGAAAGUGGCUCCUGCACGUGUGACCCUAACUGGACCGGCCCAGACUGCUCAAACGAAAUAUGUUCUGUGGACUGUGGCUCCCACGGCGUUUGCAUGGGCGGGACGUGUCGCUGUGAAGAAGGCUGGACGGGCCCAGCCUGUAAUCAAAGAGCCUGCCACCCCCGCUGUGCCGAGCACGGGACCUGCAAGGAUGGCAAGUGUGAAUGCAGCCAGGGCUGGAAUGGAGAGCACUGCACUAUCGCUCACUAUUUGGAUAAGAUAGUUAAAGACAAGAUAGGAUAUAAAGAGGGUUGUCCUGGUCUGUGCAACAGCAAUGGAAGAUGUACCCUGGACCAAAAUGGCUGGCAUUGUGUGUGCCAGCCUGGAUGGAGAGGAGCGGGCUGUGACGUAGCCAUGGAGACUCUUUGCACAGAUAGCAAGGACAAUGAAGGAGAUGGACUCAUUGACUGCAUGGAUCCCGAUUGCUGCCUACAGAGUUCCUGCCAGAAUCAGCCCUAUUGUCGGGGCCUGCCGGAUCCUCAGGACAUCAUUAGCCAAAGCCUUCAAUCGCCUUCUCAGCAAGCUGCCAAAUCCUUUUAUGAUCGAAUCAGUUUCCUUAUAGGAUCUGAUAGCACCCAUGUUAUACCUGGAGAAAGUCCUUUCAAUAAGAGCCUUGCGUCUGUCAUCAGAGGCCAAGUACUGACGGCUGAUGGAACUCCACUUAUUGGAGUAAAUGUCUCGUUUUUCCAUUACCCAGAAUAUGGAUAUACUAUUACCCGCCAGGACGGAAUGUUUGACUUGGUGGCAAAUGGUGGGGCCUCUCUAACUUUGGUAUUUGAACGAUCCCCAUUCCUCACCCAGUAUCAUACUGUGUGGAUUCCAUGGAAUGUCUUUUAUGUGAUGGAUACCCUAGUCAUGAAGAAAGAAGAGAAUGACAUUCCCAGCUGUGAUCUGAGUGGAUUCGUGAGGCCAAAUCCCAUCAUUGUGUCAUCACCUUUAUCCACCUUUUUCAGAUCUUCUCCUGAAGACAGUCCCAUCAUUCCCGAAACACAGGUCCUCCACGAGGAAACUACAAUUCCAGGAACAGAUUUGAAACUCUCCUACUUGAGUUCCAGAGCUGCAGGGUAUAAGUCAGUUCUCAAGAUCACCAUGACCCAGUCUAUUAUUCCAUUUAAUUUAAUGAAGGUUCAUCUGAUGGUAGCUGUAGUAGGAAGACUCUUCCAAAAGUGGUUUCCUGCCUCACCAAACUUGGCCUAUACUUUCAUAUGGGAUAAAACAGAUGCAUAUAAUCAGAAAGUCUAUGGUCUGUCUGAAGCUGUUGUGUCAGUUGGAUAUGAGUAUGAGUCGUGUUUGGACCUGACUCUGUGGGAAAAGAGGACUGCCAUUCUGCAGGGCUAUGAAUUGGAUGCGUCCAACAUGGGUGGCUGGACAUUAGAUAAACAUCACGUGCUGGAUGUACAGAACGGUAUACUGUACAAGGGAAACGGGGAAAACCAGUUCAUCUCCCAGCAGCCUCCAGUCGUGAGUAGCAUCAUGGGCAAUGGGCGAAGGCGCAGCAUUUCCUGCCCCAGUUGCAAUGGUCAAGCUGAUGGUAACAAGUUACUGGCCCCAGUGGCGCUAGCUUGUGGGAUCGACGGCAGUCUGUACGUAGGCGAUUUCAACUAUGUGCGGCGGAUAUUCCCUUCUGGAAAUGUAACAAGUGUCUUAGAACUAAGAAAUAAAGAUUUUAGACAUAGCAGCAACCCAGCUCAUAGAUACUACCUUGCAACGGAUCCAGUCACAGGAGAUUUGUACGUUUCUGACACAAACACCCGCAGAAUUUAUCGCCCAAAGUCACUUACGGGGGCAAAAGACUUGACUAAAAAUGCAGAAGUCGUCGCAGGGACAGGGGAGCAGUGCCUUCCGUUUGACGAGGCGAGAUGUGGGGAUGGAGGGAAGGCCGUGGAAGCCACACUCAUGAGUCCCAAAGGAAUGGCAGUUGAUAAGAAUGGAUUAAUCUACUUUGUUGAUGGAACCAUGAUUAGGAAAGUUGACCAAAAUGGAAUCAUAUCAACUCUUCUGGGCUCUAACGAUUUGACUUCAGCCAGACCUUUAACUUGUGACACCAGCAUGCACAUCAGCCAGGUACGUCUGGAAUGGCCCACUGACCUAGCCAUUAACCCUAUGGAUAACUCCAUUUAUGUCCUGGAUAAUAACGUAGUUUUACAGAUCACUGAAAAUCGUCAAGUUCGCAUUGCUGCUGGACGGCCCAUGCACUGUCAGGUUCCCGGAGUGGAAUAUCCUGUGGGGAAGCACGCAGUGCAGACAACACUGGAAUCAGCCACUGCCAUUGCUGUGUCCUACAGUGGGGUCCUGUACAUUACUGAAACUGAUGAGAAGAAAAUUAACCGGAUAAGGCAGGUCACAACAGAUGGAGAAAUCUCCUUAGUGGCCGGAAUACCUUCAGAGUGUGACUGCAAAAAUGAUGCCAACUGUGACUGUUACCAGAGUGGAGAUGGCUACGCCAAGGAUGCCAAACUCAGUGCCCCAUCCUCCCUGGCUGCUUCUCCAGAUGGUACACUGUAUAUUGCAGAUCUAGGGAAUAUCCGGAUCCGGGCUGUGUCAAAGAAUAAGCCUUUACUUAACUCUAUGAACUUCUAUGAAGUUGCGUCUCCAACUGAUCAAGAACUCUACAUCUUUGACAUCAAUGGUACUCACCAAUAUACUGUAAGUUUAGUCACUGGUGAUUACCUUUACAAUUUUAGCUACAGCAAUGACAAUGAUAUUACUGCUGUGACAGACAGCAAUGGCAACACCCUUAGAAUUAGACGGGACCCAAAUCGCAUGCCAGUUCGAGUGGUGUCUCCCGAUAACCAAGUGAUAUGGUUGACAAUAGGAACAAAUGGAUGUUUGAAAAGCAUGACUGCUCAAGGACUGGAAUUAGUUUUGUUUACUUACCAUGGCAAUAGUGGCCUUUUAGCCACUAAAAGUGAUGAAACUGGAUGGACAACGUUUUUUGACUAUGACAGUGAAGGUCGUCUGACAAAUGUUACGUUUCCAACUGGAGUGGUCACAAACCUGCAUGGGGACAUGGACAAGGCUAUCACAGUGGACAUUGAGUCAUCUAGCCGAGAGGAAGAUGUCAGCAUCACUUCAAAUCUGUCCUCGAUCGAUUCUUUCUACACCAUGGUUCAAGAUCAGUUAAGAAACAGCUACCAGAUUGGUUAUGACGGCUCCCUCAGAAUUAUCUACGCCAGCGGCCUGGACUCACACUACCAAACAGAGCCGCACAUUCUGGCUGGCACUGCUAAUCCAACCGUUGCCAAAAGAAACAUGACGUUGCCUGGUGAGAACGGUCAAAACUUGGUGGAAUGGAGAUUCCGAAAAGAGCAAGCCCAAGGGAAAGUCAAUGUCUUUGGCCGCAAGCUCAGGGUUAAUGGCAGAAACCUCCUUUCAGUUGACUUUGAUCGAACAACAAAGACAGAAAAGAUCUAUGACGACCACCGUAAAUUUCUACUGAGGAUCGCCUACGACACGUCUGGGCACCCGACUCUCUGGCUGCCAAGCAGCAAGCUGAUGGCCGUCAAUGUCACCUAUUCAUCCACAGGUCAAAUUGCCAGCAUCCAGCGAGGCACCACUAGCGAGAAAGUAGAUUAUGACGGACAGGGGAGGAUCGUGUCUCGGGUCUUUGCUGAUGGUAAAACAUGGAGUUACACAUAUUUAGAAAAGUCCAUGGUUCUUCUGCUUCAUAGCCAGCGGCAGUACAUCUUCGAAUACGAUAUGUGGGACCGCCUGUCUGCCAUCACCAUGCCCAGUGUGGCUCGCCACACCAUGCAGACCAUCCGAUCCAUUGGCUACUACCGCAACAUAUACAACCCCCCGGAAAGCAACGCCUCCAUCAUCACGGACUACAACGAGGAGGGGCUGCUUCUGCAAACAGCUUUCUUGGGUACAAGUCGGAGGGUCUUAUUCAAAUACAGAAGGCAGACUAGGCUCUCAGAAAUUUUAUAUGAUAGCACGAGAGUCAGUUUUACCUACGAUGAAACAGCAGGAGUCCUAAAGACAGUAAACCUCCAGAGUGACGGUUUUAUUUGCACCAUUAGAUACAGGCAAAUUGGUCCCCUGAUUGACAGGCAGAUUUUCCGCUUUAGUGAAGAUGGGAUGGUAAAUGCAAGAUUUGACUAUAGCUAUGACAACAGCUUUCGAGUGACCAGCAUGCAGGGUGUGAUCAAUGAAACUCCACUGCCUAUUGAUCUGUAUCAGUUUGAUGACAUUUCUGGCAAAGUUGAGCAGUUUGGAAAGUUUGGAGUUAUAUAUUAUGAUAUUAACCAGAUCAUUUCUACAGCUGUAAUGACCUAUACGAAGCACUUUGAUGCUCAUGGCCGUAUCAAGGAGAUUCAAUAUGAGAUAUUCAGGUCGCUCAUGUACUGGAUUACAAUUCAGUAUGAUAACAUGGGUCGGGUAACCAAGAGAGAGAUUAAAAUAGGGCCCUUUGCCAACACCACCAAAUAUGCUUAUGAAUAUGAUGUUGAUGGACAGCUCCAAACAGUUUACCUCAAUGAAAAGAUAAUGUGGCGGUACAACUACGAUCUGAAUGGAAACCUCCAUUUACUGAACCCAAGUAACAGUGCGCGUCUGACACCCCUUCGCUAUGACCUGCGAGACAGAAUCACUCGACUGGGUGAUGUUCAAUAUCGGUUGGAUGAAGAUGGUUUCCUACGUCAAAGGGGCACGGAAAUCUUUGAAUAUAGCUCCAAGGGGCUUCUAACUCGAGUUUACAGUAAAGGCAGUGGCUGGACAGUGAUCUACCGUUAUGACGGCCUGGGAAGGCGUGUUUCUAGCAAAACCAGUCUAGGACAGCACCUGCAGUUUUUUUAUGCUGACUUAACUUAUCCCACUAGGAUUACUCAUGUCUACAACCAUUCGAGUUCAGAAAUUACCUCCCUGUAUUAUGAUCUCCAAGGACAUCUUUUUGCCAUGGAAAUCAGCAGUGGGGAUGAAUUCUAUAUUGCAUCAGAUAACACAGGGACACCACUGGCUGUGUUCAGUAGCAAUGGGCUUAUGCUGAAACAGAUUCAGUACACUGCAUAUGGCGAAAUCUAUUUUGACUCUAAUAUUGACUUUCAACUGGUAAUUGGAUUUCAUGGUGGCCUGUAUGACCCACUCACCAAAUUAAUCCACUUUGGAGAAAGAGAUUAUGACAUUUUGGCAGGACGGUGGACAACACCUGACAUAGAAAUCUGGAAAAGAAUCGGGAAGGACCCAGCUCCUUUUAACUUGUACAUGUUUAGGAAUAACAACCCUGCAAGCAAAAUCCAUGACGUGAAAGAUUACAUCACAGAUGUUAACAGCUGGCUGGUGACAUUUGGUUUCCAUCUGCACAAUGCUAUUCCUGGAUUCCCUGUUCCCAAAUUUGAUUUAACAGAACCUUCUUACGAACUUGUGAAGAGUCAGCAGUGGGAUGAUGUACCGCCCAUCUUCGGAGUCCAGCAGCAAGUGGCGCGGCAGGCCAAGGCCUUCCUGUCGCUGGGGAAGAUGGCCGAGGUGCAGGUGAGCCGGCGCCGGGCCGGCGGCGCGCAGUCCUGGCUGUGGUUCGCCACGGUCAAGUCGCUGAUCGGCAAGGGCGUCAUGCUGGCCGUCAGCCAGGGCCGCGUGCAGACCAACGUGCUCAACAUCGCCAACGAGGACUGCAUCAAGGUGGCGGCCGUGCUCAACAACGCCUUCUACCUGGAGAACCUGCACUUCACCAUCGAGGGCAAGGACACGCACUACUUCAUCAAGACCACCACGCCCGAGAGCGACCUGGGCACGCUGCGGCUGACGAGCGGCCGCAAGGCGCUGGAGAACGGCAUCAACGUGACGGUGUCGCAGUCCACCACGGUGGUGAACGGCAGGACGCGCAGGUUCGCGGACGUGGAGAUGCAGUUCGGCGCGCUGGCGCUGCACGUGCGCUACGGCAUGACCCUGGACGAGGAGAAGGCGCGCAUCCUGGAGCAGGCGCGGCAGCGCGCGCUCGCCCGGGCCUGGGCGCGCGAGCAGCAGCGCGUGCGCGACGGCGAGGAGGGCGCGCGCCUCUGGACGGAGGGCGAGAAGCGGCAGCUGCUGAGCGCCGGCAAGGUGCAGGGCUACGACGGGUACUACGUACUCUCGGUGGAGCAGUACCCCGAGCUGGCCGACAGCGCCAACAACAUCCAGUUCCUGCGGCAGAGCGAGAUCGGCAGGAGGUAACGCCCGGGCCGCGCCCGCCGAGCCGCUCACGCCCUGCUCACAUUGUCCUGUGGCACAACCCGAGUGGGACUCUCCAACGCCCAAGAGCCUUCCUCCCGGGAGAAUGAGACUGCUGUUACGACCCACGCCCACACCGCGAAAACAAGGACCGCUUGUUUCUGAAUGACCUUAAAGGUGAUCGGCUUUAACGAAUAUGUUUACAUAUGCAUAGCGCUGCACUCAGUCGGACUGAACGUAGCCAGAGGAAAAAAAAAAUCAUCAAGGACAAAGGCCUCGACCUUUUGCGCUGGGCCGUCUGUUCCUUCUAGGCACUGUAUUUAACUAACUUUAAAAAAGAAAAAAAAAUGUAUACAGUGUUUCCAAAUAGUCCCGAAUUGUCGACCUUUGCUUACAAGAAGUAGUCUGUCUGCAUAGGAUGUGAUAGCUAUCUCUGUUCAUUUUACAAUGUGGGGCAAAGUUACUGUUUCUAGACAACCCAACUGCUUUCCCUGUGCAGCUUUGUAGAAGGACAUUGGCACAGUGACUUCUGCGGCGGGGAUUUAUUAAUGGAUUUUACAAUGCUAACGUGGUUUCCCUUCGGGGAAAAAACUGGCAACUAGAAUCCUUGUCACUGAUAAGCAAAGGAAAUCCUGAUUUUUUUGUAAAUUGUGUGAGACAAGUUGUUUAUGGAUUUUUAUAUGAAUUACAAUUUACUGUACAUCAAAUCUUAGUCUCAGAGGAGUUAAUUUAUGUAAAGUGUUUAAAAAUUUAUACUUAAAAAUAAAAUGAUAAAAACAUG